AGAAUUGUUCUGUCAAUCAAAGCGGCGAGUUUUCUGGUCUCAGCAGUGGUAAGUUAGACCGCUUACACCGGUGGCGAUAUCCCCGCACGAAAAUGGCGAAGAAAGUCUCCGCGAAACAAGGAAAGGACUUCUUCGACACUCGAAGUGGUCGAGUUCUUGCAGACUUGAAUUUCGCCGAACGGAGUUCCGUUAAUGCUAAGACCGAAAUUGGCUUCAUCCGCGAAGCUUUCCCGUUCCGAAGUAAAGAUGACAUAACUUUGGUUCUGCAGUCCUGUGAUUACGACGUCGAAGCUGCUAUCGCCUGCUUUACCAACGGAGAAGCCGAUAACCUCUUAAAAGAGUGGAAUACCCAGGGAAAGAAGUCAAAAAAUGCCAAAAAGAAAAGGAACAGGAAAAAGCAGGCAAAAACAAAUGAUCCAGAAACAUCAGAUGUUGCUGUGAUAAAAGAGAACAAUGAGAAAGUUUCACAACUGAAUCAAAACAGCCUUGAAGAUGCACCAGUCACACCAGAAGAAAAUGGCAAAAAGCCAAUACAUGCUGAGUCAACCACUCUGAAAUGUGCUCCCCAAUCUUUGGACCCUCUGCUCCUUCAUCCACCUUCAUCAUCAUCAUGCUCUGAAGUCUCCCUUCCUUCCUCUAACUCUGACCAGCCUGCAGAUUCCUCACAAGGUACUCAGGCCACCUUGAAGCAUACACCAGGUUCCUCUGGUCAGACCAACCACUCAAAUUUAAAGGUUGAGAGGUCAAUCUCUACUGGUCCUGAUGCUCUCAAGAAGACAGUAAAGGAUUUGCAACGCUCCAGUGUUUCACUUCCACGCUUUCAACUUCUCCUAGAGGAGGAAUGUGAAAAGUCCACUAAGUCAAUUUCUCAGAUAUUUCAAGAGUUACGGCAAUGUUUGAACAACAGGGAAGCUCAUCUUCUUGGUCAAAUGGCUGAAUUUAAAAAGCAGGCAGUUGAUUUGUUGGAACAGAGACAGGAAAAUGCAGCAGCAUUAAAACUUAAAUCUGACCGAGUAGGAGGGAUGCACGAGGUAGAAGUUACACAGUUAAGGAGUGAAAUAAAGAAUUUUGUCACGGAGCGUAAAAUUGAUGAGGAGCUUGCCAGAACUACUCGUUUUGUGGCAGACAAAGAUCAGCUGCUAUCAAUGAUUGCCAAUUUUGGUGAAGUUGUUCCUAUAAAGAGUUGUUACAGCCCUGUAACAUUAAACCCUCCAUCACUACCUAUGAAGAAAGUGGAGAGGAACAACAAUAAGAAAGCUGAAAAUGUUUCUUCACUCAAGCCACCACUGCCAUCAGCUCCUACAAAUGGCAGUGUACCUGUCACCACUUCUAGUGUGGAGGAGUCUGUAUGCUCACAAAAAACCCUCCAAGAAUUGGCAGAACUGAACGCAAAGCUUCAAGCUUCUCUGCGGCAACAAGGUUUGGCACCACCCAGUGAAGAACCUAUGGAAGGACAAAAACAGGGAACACCUGACCAAAAGAACAACAGGUCCAAUUCAGCUUCACACAUAACAGGCAAACAGCAGACAUCACAAAAUCAGCAAAGAAGGAAAGACCAGAAUUACCAGCCUGAGAGGACUAGACAAAACCAGUCAGCUGUAGCAAGAGGUUCCGAACGAGAUAGGCAAUAUAAUAACCAAUAUAAUAGAAAUUCUAGAAGAUCUUAUCAACGGAGUGCAAGACAAAGAAGUCCUAGGUUUGAAAUUCCAAAUGACAAGAAGGAGGGGUCAAAGGAUAAAGACACUCCCGCAGCUCAAAACACUGAUCUUGAUCAGCAAAAAGUAGAUGCUGAUGAAAGCUUGAAAUCCUCAGGGAGUAGUGAUAAAGCUGUCACACCACGACCUGAGUCUGUUAAGGGAGAUGUGCAGUCAGGAAACAGAAAUUCACGACCAAGAAACCAGAGAAUGAGAAGGGAAGAUGGGCCUCGCAGUAGGGACAGAAGAAGGGGUAGAAGGGAAGGGGCAGAGGGCCACAAGAGGAAUGGUCCAGGAGAGAAGCUUGAAAAUGGUCCCAUUAAAAAUGAUCCUGUCGAUAAAGGUUCACCUGACAAGGAGGAUACGAAAACAGCAGUCAAUGAAAAUAGGGAUCAUGAUUCAAAGAAGAGUACAAACCAGGAAAAUGGUUCUAUUGAAAAGACUGAUGAGGUCAAAAAGGAAACAUCUUUACCUGAGGGUCCUGUCGUGAAUGGAGCGGAAACACACGCAGACAGCAGUAGUAAUCAUUGUUUAAAUGGUGAGCCUGCCCAUGUUCCAGACAAAGAAGAAGAGAAGAACAAAGAGGCACUACCUCAAAGAAGAGAGAGGCCAUCAAGAAGAAGGGGCACACAGAGAGAUAAGAAAGAUGGGCCUAGCUCUGAGCAGCAGCUAAAUGGAACCAAAUCAGCUGAAAAUGGAACUGGGGAAGGUCAUGGCAAGGAAGAAGGCAUGGCUGAUAAUGAAAUCCAGAAACCAACAGAGAAUGUACAAAAGGAAAAAAAGGAAAUUAAAAGUGAGAAUCAAAGCACACAGGAACUUCAAAAGGACAUAGGUAAAUCUGGAGCACCGCGAGCGAAUGGUUAUAUACCCUUGAAAGAAGUUAAUGAGGUUAAUAUAGGUAGAUGACACUUCCAUUCAUACUGAAUGUUAUUAAAUUAUGCCUUUUAGAAGGUGAAUAACUUGAAAUAAAUCGAAUUAUUG